GUUGGGUUUUUUUGACGAGAGAUAGAGAUGGCUAGCAGUACAAGUAGCAGUGGUUUGCACCAGAUACUGAGAAGUCUCUGUCUCAAUACGGAGUGGAAGUACGCCGUUUUCUGGAAGCUUAAGCAUCGAGCUCGAAUGGUGCUGACUUGGGAGGAUGCGUACUAUGACAAUCAUGACCAACAUGAUCCUUCGGAGAAUAAUUGUUUCCAUCAUACACUAGACAACUUGCAGAGUGGAUAUUGUUCACAUGAUCCCCUUGGUUUAGCUGUGGCAAAGAUGUCUUAUCAUGUAUAUUCUCUAGGGGAAGGGAUUGUUGGACAGGUGGCAGUUUCUGGAAAGCAUCAGUGGAUAUUUGCCGAUAAGCAUGUGAACAGCUCCUGCUCAUUGUUUGAGUUCUGUGAUGGUUGGCAAAGUCAAUUUGCAGCAGGGAUCAGGACCAUUGUUGUUGUUGCUGUUGUUCAACAUGGAGUUGUGCAGCUUGGCUCCUUAAAUAAAGUAUUUGAGGAUGUGAAGCUAGUAAGUCACAUCAGAGAUGUUUUUUUUGCUCUUCAAGAUUCUUCUGUAGGGCAUAUUGCCAGUCCAAUAGAAUGUAGCAUGAAGAGUUCAUUAUUUCAGCUAGAUUUACCUACAAAACUUUUAGAUUCAGAUGGUAUUCCUUUAGAUAAAACUGUAGACGAGCAAGGGCCAGAUGCUUUGUUGCCUGAGUUUUCACAUCCCAGGAAGUACAGUGAUAGAUUGUUUGUUCUUCCACUGUCCAAUAAUCAUCCCAAAGGGGCAGUGGAAGUGGAAAAUAAGCAUGAAGGACUUGAACUAUCCUCAGCAAGAAAUGAUGAGAGUGCUAAGUUACUGACACCAAGAUCCAAUGUUUCCAAUUUGGAGCAUCAAAAUCAGUUAGGGAGGAUUUUGAUAAACAAUGGGGUAUGGAAAGGGGAGAAUAGUGGAUGGAAAAAUUCAAGUUUGGUACCAGAAAAUGUUUAUGCUAACAAUCCUGUUGGUGGCAGGGAACGGUAUGGAGUUGAUCAUGCAUACUUCUCCUCAAACUUCCUUAACUCUGCACAUAGUGAUACGGUUAAGUCAAGUAGUUUGAGUUCUUAUCCAAAUGAGGUGUUGGAUAUACCUGAAUCUUCAGACAUGAAAUUUCAAAAAGACUUAAAGAAGUUGGGGAAGCAAAAUGAGAUAAGUCACUUGGACCCGAUGAACACUUCCUUAAAGUUUUCUGUUGGCUGUGAGCUUUAUGAAGCACUGGGACCAGCUUUUAUCAGAAAGAGUAUCUAUGCUGAUUGGCAGGCAGAGAAUAUGGAGGCUGGAGGUAAUAUCGAAAUGCCAGAGGGAAUGAGCAGCAGCCAGUUGACUUUUGAAUCUGGUUCAGAGAAUCUCCUAGAAGCAGUAGUGGCAAAUGUUUGCCAUAGUGGGAGUGAUAUCAAAGCUGAAAGAUCAUCUUGCAGAUCAGCACCAUCAUUGUUGACAACUGGAAAUACACCAGAGCCUUCAAGCCAAAGUAAGCAUACUAUUAAUUCAUCAGGUUAUUCAAUUAACCAGUCCUCUCUUGUGGAAGAUAACACACAGCACUGCCUGAAUUCAUCAGAGUUAUGUGGUGCAAUGUCUUCCAAAGGAUUUUCUUCAACUUGCCCCAGCAAUUGCAGUGAGCAGUUUGAGAGGUCUUCAGAGCCUGCUAAGAACAACAAAAAGAGGGCUAGACCUGGUGAAAAUCCCAGGCCUAGGCCAAGGGACAGACAACUCAUUCAAGAUCGUAUUAAGGAGCUAAGGGAGCUUGUGCCCAACGGAGCAAAGUGCAGUAUUGAUUCAUUGCUGGAGCGCACAAUCAAGCACAUGGUCUUUCUGCAAGGCAUCACUAAGCAUGCGGACAAGCUCAGUAAAUGUGCUGAAUCAAAGAUUCAUCACAAGGGAGCUGGCAUGCUUGGAUCAUCCAAUUAUGAACAAGGUUCAAGCUGGGCAGUGGAAGUGGGAAGCCAUCUAAAAGUUUGCUCAAUAGUAGUGGAGAAUACAAACAAAAAUGGGCAGAUGCUUGUAGAGAUGUUGUGUGAGGAGUGUAGUCAUUUUCUUGAAAUAGCAGAGGCGAUCAGAAGCUUGGGCCUGACAAUCUUAAAAGGGGUUACAGAAGCACAUGGUGAGAAGACUUGGAUAUGUUUUGUGGUUGAGGGACAGAACAAUAGAGUUAUGCAUAGAAUGGAUAUCUUAUGGUCACUUGUCCAAAUUUUGCAAUCCCAGGCUACAAACUAGCAGCAAUGGCUUGUCACCUCUUGCAAGCAGUCAUUUUGGCUCCUAUGUAAAAUAUUGUGAGUGGUUUGUGAUUUUGAUUGGCUGAAUGGUUUUCGCUUCUUGUCUUUGUCUCCCUGUCCCCUAAAAAAUAUUUAAGGUAGGGGAAACGGAGACAAAGCAUUGCUUAAGAAACAUUUUGUGAAGAGUAUGUUGCUUCUGUUCUUCAUAGUGUGUGGGAAAUACCAUCUAUUGUUUUCUUC